AUGCUAUUCCAUUUAAUGAGUGAAGAGUUCAGAGCAGAGAUUGAGAGGAAGCACUUUGCAGGAAACUUGAGACACUGGGAACUACAACUAUGUGCUUUAGCUUUUCUGACCGUUUUCGGCAAUGGGCAAAACCCACAAUUAAACCUUGCAGGGCAUUGUGAUCCAAACAGCAAUGGGUGCACCGGAUUAGGAGAUGAAAUCAAGCAUUACAAAGACAAAGGCAUCCAAGUGUUCCUCUCCAUAGGAGGUGCUUCUGGGAGCUACACUCUCAGUUCAUCUGACGACUCUAAAGGUGAUGCUAUAGUGGAUGGGAUAGACUUUGACAUUGAGAAUGGUGGAACCGAACAUUAUGACGACCUUGCAAGCGAACUUGCUGGGUCUAGCACUGAAAGGAAAGUAUUAUUGGCUGCUGCUCCACAAUGUCCAUACCCUGAUGCUCACUUCGACUCAUCAAUCGCAACUGGCCUAUUUGAUUAUGUGUGGGUUCAGUUCUACAACAACCCUUGUGAGCAGCAGAAAAGUUGGACCUCCUACGUUCCUCCCAACAACACCGUCUUCUUGGGAUUACCAGCUGCGCCGGACGCAGCCCCUAUUGGAGGCUAUAUACCAUCAAAUGUGCUUCCCUUUGUAAAGCAAGCUUCUAACUAUGGUGCAGUUAUAUCUUGGGACAGAGUCCGUGAUGUUCGCGGUCCCAUUCGUUAA